AGAGAAGCGGCGGACUUAGAACGAAACAGGCGGGGAGAGGAUCGUGUCGAGGGAGUUAGGCUAACGAAGAAAAGUAGAAACUUCUGGAACUACUUGUUUUGCAACAACUGGCUGACCUUUUUUCUUGAUUGUUAAAAUUGUUACUGUUGUUUUGUUUGAGUAACUCUGUUAGAUUGGUUUUCAAGGCACAGUCAGUAUAAAACAAAGAAAUAAGAGCUAUGGGUCUUUUGUUGAAACAAGUUUUGAAGACACUCUGUGGUGUUAAUCAGUGGUGCUAUGCUGUUUUCUGGAAGAUCGGCUUUCAGAAUUCUAAGUUAUUAAUCUGGGAAGAAUGUUACUAUGAACCCAAUCCUGAGUUGCCUUUUGGAGACUGGGAGGGAUGCUGGGCUUCUGAUGCUCACUCCUCACAGCUUAAGGUUCAAACUGGGGAUCGAGUUUAUAUGCUUAUUAACAAAAUGAUGGGAAAUAAUCAAGUUAAUCUAGUAGGCCAAGGAUUAGUUGGGCGAGCUGCAUUUACAGGAAAUCAUGAAUGGAUCCUUGCGAAUAAUUACAUUGGAGGUGCCCAUCCACCAGAGGUUUUAAGUGAGAUACAUCACCAAUUUUCAGCUGGCAUGCAGACAAUUGCUGUCAUUCCUGUUUGUCCUCACGGUGUAGUUCAACUUGGCUCGUCCUCGACUAUAAUGGAGAAUUUGGGAUUUGUGAACAAUGUGAAGAGUUUGAUCCUGCAAUUAGGAUGUGUUCCUGGAGCUCUUCUGUCUGACAACUUUGGGGUAAAGGAAGCUACAGAAAGAAUUAGGGUGCCUGUUUCUCUAGGAACGACUGAUUCUAUUUCUUUGCAUUUGUCUGGAAAUAAGGUGCUGAACUCCUUUUCAUUGGCCAACAACUACAACCAACAAAGCGUCUCAUCCUUACCUUCGAGAAUUGCUCAAGCUUCUCAUUCUCCAAUUAGACAAAUUCAAGAUACUCUACAGUCUACUGCUUCAGCGUUUCAUGCCUCUAAUGUAACCAUCAGUUUGCCAAAAUCCCAUAAUAGCCACUGUGAGCCAAAAAUGAUUGCAACUAUGAAACCAAAUGAUCCAUCCAGAACCCAACUAGAUAAUGGAGUUGUAGGAGCUGAAGUUAUCCCAUCAAAUCCUGAUACAUGGAUGAGUCAGCAUACUGCAUCAUUUAGUUCACGGCCUGCUGUCAGUCACCAAUCUGUUAUUAAUCAAUCAGUUGCCAACAAUAACAUUCUGAGAUUAUUGGAACAGCAGGUCCUCUCAGACGUUAGUCGGCAAAAUCUUGUUGAUAACAGUAGAAAUAAGUUGGAUAGCUUUAUCCUACCUCAGAUGAAGAAAAUUGGAGAUUUAACUGUUGAUUCUCAUGGAGGUUCUUCUUUAUCUGAGACACAGCUACAUAAUGGAGUGAGCAGUCUGAUGAGAUCUAGUUCCACACAGCUCCCUGGGGUUGGGCUUCAAAAUCUUGAUUCAUCAGGGGUUGAGGAGGUUCCCUUGUCCAGUAUAGUAGAUCAACUAAGUGGCAGUGGCAUGCUUUCAGGGGGUUCUUGUCACAGGUGCAAUUCAACUGAAGUGAAAGAUUCUAAAAAUGAACCAAAUGAAAAGAAUGAAAAGAUGGAUGAUGAUUUGUUUCAGGCGCUUAACAUCCUGUCCUCCCAGCCAAAUGUACAUAUUUCCUUGGAUGAGCACUUCCCUAGUUCUGUUGAUAAUUGUCCUAAGCAUGAAAUUGGAAGUCAAAGUACAAAUAUUGCAAAGGUCGAGUAUGCAGAUUCAUAUGCUCAACCUCCAUCUAGGGAUGACUUAUAUGAUGUCUUGGGCAUAGAUUUUAAGAACAGAUUACUCCCUGGCAAAUGGGAUGCUUUGCUUGCAGAUGGGCUGUGCACUAAUUCACAAAUGAGUAAAGAUGAUUCGACUUUAAUGAAUAUACAGGAAGCAUGUAUUGAUAUUUUGUCAGUUAGUCAGGGGAUAUCAGACAUUAGUACUUUAUAUGCCACAGGUACUGAUAAUCUCUUAGACGCUGUGGUGUCCAGGGCUCACUCUACUGCCAAGCAGAGCUCAGAUGAUAAUGUCUCUUGUAAGACAACAUUGACAAAGAUCAGUAACUCCUCUGUUCUUAAUGAUUCUCCCAUGCAUGGCUUGGUGAAUGUGUCUGAUCAUGUUAAGGAGUUAUUUGAUCUUCCUAAAUCUAUGGAAAAAUCAGGAACCGUAGCGCCUAGAUCUGGAUGUAGCAAGGAUGAAGUGGGAAGCUGUUCUGAAACUACUUCAGUUUAUGGGUCCCAAUUGAGUUCAUGGGUCGGCCAUAAUAUGAGGCGUGAUAGUAGUGUUGCAACUGCGUAUUCCAAGAAAAAUGAUGAAAUGAGUAAACCCAAUCGCAAAAGGCUUAAACCUGGAGAGAAUCCCAGACCCAGGCCAAAAGAUCGUCAGAUGAUCCAAGAUCGGAUGAAAGAGUUGCGUGAAAUCGUACCAAAUGGUGCUAAAUGUAGCAUAGAUGCUCUGCUUGAACGUACCAUCAAACAUAUGCUUUUCUUGCAAAGUGUCACAAAGCACGCAGACAAGCUAAAAGAAACAGGAGAGUCUAAGAUUAUGGACAAGAAAGGUGGACUUGUUUUAAAGGAUGGUUUUGAGGGAGGGGCAACAUGGGCAUUUGAAGUUGGGUCUCAGUCUAUGGUUUGUCCUAUCAUAGUUGAGGAUUUAAAUCCACCUCGUCAGAUGCUUGUGGAGAUGCUCUGUGAAGAACGGGGUUUCUUUCUAGAAAUAGCUGAUCUAAUUAGGACAUUAGGAUUGACAAUCUUGAAGGGGGUGAUGGAAGCUCGGAAUGAUAAGAUUUGGGCACGUUUUGCGGUGGAGGCAAACAGAGAUGUAACAAGGAUGGAAGUUUUUAUGUCGCUUUUUCGACUUCUGGAACAAACCGUGAAAGGCGCAUCAUCCUCGACUGCUGCAUUGGAGAACGGUAUGAUCGCCCAUCAUCCUUUUCCACAAGGCACCUCUAUCCCAGCAACUGGUAGGCCCAGUAGUUUACAGUGAACUGCCGGCUAAAACUGUUACUCUGGUCUGCACAUGUUAAGAGUGAGCCUGUGUUGCUUGCCAUGACUAACAUGGAUACCAGUCUAAGCUCUUAGCUAGGUGGUUCUAACUUUCGCUAACUUGAUAAUUUCUUCCGGAAAUUAGAUUAUGCCUAACGUCACUUAGAAAGUGGGAGAUUAUGUAGAUGGUUAAGAACUCAAGCCUUAUGCACCGGAUGGGAUAUCACAAUGGUUGAUGGUUGAUUCAACUGCAAUUAGUGGAUAAAAGUUUGACGGGAAGCUCCUCACGAAGGUUAACGUUCGUAGAUAUUAAGGUUCUAGAAUGGGCUCUUAAAUACUCUUAUUAUAGGUUGGAGAAGGGUGCAAAAUAGUUCUGGUUCACAAAUGUAUAUGGGGGGGUGGGAUAUGAAAUGAAUUACUUGUCUUUUUCUUUUUGCUAGACUAUGUAUUGUAUUCCCUUUCUGUUUCCUUUUCCUUUUACUGGAUUUUCCUGCUAUUUAGUUUUCCUUGUUUUGAUAACAAUAUAUUUUCCUCCAGCAUCUGGUUUUAAUUUGUAGUUUGAGGCGGUGGUCUGAGGCACUUGUUCAAAAGGUUAGAUAUAUUCAAAAUAUAAAACAAUUUGAUAAUUAUGGUCAA